GGUGGAGCCCUGGACGGCUCACCAAAGAAUAUUCGGGCACAGAGAUUGCGUACAUCUUCUUGCGGCAACUCUCUUGAACCUGCCGGCAGUCAGAAAACAUGGUGGGCAAUAAGCGCAGUGCCCCAAAUGCCCCAAAUGAUAGCAGCUCCAGAGUAACGCGGGCGACGCGUGCCAGCGCAAGGCUGCAAACUCAAAGCGCUACACCUCGCAGGACGACCCGAGGCAGAGAUGCCGCCGUUCCAGAUGUUUACCGUGAAAUGCUGGCCGAGGCAAAGGCUGAGAUCGCUAGGCAGGAUGCCUGUGUCUCCGAGCGGCCAACGAAACGAAGGCGACCCGGUGAAACAAGUCUGCGGGCUGAUGCACCGAAGGAAAGCGAUGGCCAGGUAGCCAAUUCCGCCAAAAGGGCAGUUGUCCACACGCUCUACGAUACUGAUGACGAAGACAUCGAAUUUGAAGACGUCGUUUUGCCUUCUCCUACAGUACAGACCAUCACGAGAGACAGUGAUGAUGAGGAGGACGACGAUGACGUUGCAUUUGAGGACGUGGGAAUUGAACCCGGGGGACCCUCAGCGGCGUCAGCUAGGGAAGAGCCCAAAGAGUUGACCCUGGACCUAUCUGCGCACAUGACAGCGACAGCCCAACGCCAUGCGGAGCGCCGCAAGGCCAUCAAUAAAGAGGAAAAAGAACGCCGUGUCGAGAUCCAUAAGAUGCAUCUCCUCUGCCUCCUCUCGCAUGUCGAGCGCAGAAACUGGUGGUGUAAUGACCCCAAAGUUCAGGAUGCCCUUCGGCCGCUGCUUUCCCAGAAGACUGCCGCCCUCCUAGUGCCUAGGUCCAGUCUGACACAGUUUGGACGUACAGAGGCCCUGAAACAAGGUCUCCAGGAGGCCAAGGAGAUAUUUAAACUGAAAUUCACCAUUACAGAGCGCGGGUUACGGAGGGCCUUGUGGGCAGAGGACGAGGAGCAACUCAAAACCUACCAUCUCCCAGACGACAUUGAGUCUACCAUGGACAAGGAUGACUUUCUCGAGGCAGCGCAAACGCUAAAAGGCUCCCGGGAUGUCGGUGCCCAGCUAUUCUGUGCCAUGCUUCGGGCCGCCGGAGUCAAUGCCCGGCUGGUCUGCUCUCUACAACCCCUGGCCUGCGUACCCGGCGCGCCCCCGAUGCCCAAGCAACAGCCCUCCCAGAAGCAGGAACGACAGCCGUCCAAGGCUGAACUCUACGCCGCAGCAGUUGCCAAGCACGAAACUAAGUUCCCCGAAUUCCAAGCUGGCGCAACGGUGCCCUCCCCUCGUCGACGCCUCGGCCAUCCGCACGCCGCUGCCUUCAACAUACCCUCGUUGGCCGCCCCCUCUCUUUCGCCCCCGAAACCCGCCGUCUCAACACCCAAGAAAAUCCGUGGAGAAUCGCCAUUUCCAGUCUACUGGGUCGAGGUGCUCGACGUGGCCCACCAGAAAUGGCACCCGGUCGACGCGCUGGUGACGCACACGCAAUGGAAACCGCGUGCGCUCGAACCGCCCGCCUCGGACGCGCAAAACAGGCUGAGCUACGUGGUCGCCUUCGAAGCCGACGGCAGCGCGCGCGACGUGACGCGCCGCUACGCAAAGGCCUACAACGCCAAGACGCGCAGGAUGCGCAUCGACGGCCUCCCAAAUCCCCACCCCAGCGGCGGCGGCGGUGAUGGUGAUGGUGCUCGGUGGUGGCGCCUCGCGCUGAGGCGGUACACCCGCCCGCACCCCACCGAUCUUGACCAGAUCGAACUGAACGAGCUCGCCGCCGAGGAGGCCCGCGAGCCCAUGCCCCGUAACGUGGCCGAUUUCAAGGACCAUCCGGUCUACGCCCUGCAACGGCACCUCCGCCGCCACGAGGUGCUUGUGCCAGGCGCCCAGCCCGCCGGCACCGUCAGCGCCGGCGCCAAGGCCGGCGCGGUGCUCGAAAGGAUCUACCGCCGUCGAGAUGUCCGGGUUGCGAGGUCACGAGAGAGGUGGUACCGCCUUGGGAGGGUCGUGAAGCCCGGGGAGGAACCGGUCAAGAUCCUACCUAAGAAGAGGAGGGUGAGGAGGAUGGGGUACGAUGGUGAUUCCCAGGAAGGGGAGGAUGAUGAUGAUGAUCCGGAUAAGGUCGGCCUUUUUGGUGACGCGGCCGUGGCCGGGACGCCGAUCUACAUGUUUGAGCAGACCGAGCUGUACACGGCGCCUCCCGUCGUGGGCGGCAAGGUGCCCAAGAACAAGUUUGGCAAUCUGGACGUCUACGUUCCGAGCAUGGUGCCGCCGGGCGGGGUGCAUAUCGCGCACGAGCGGGCCGCGCACGCGGCGUUCAUUCUGGGCGUGGACUACGCGCCUGCCCUGACAGGGUUUGAGUUCAGGGGACGGCAGGGCACAGCGGUGCUGAAUGGGGUUGUGGUGCCAAAGGAAGCGGAGGAAGCGGUCUGGGCGGUUGUGGAGGGCUUGGCGGAUCUCGAGGCUGAGAUGGAACGGGAGAGGAGGGCGAGACGGGCGUUGAGGAUGUGGAGUCGGUUUUUGAAGGCGCUGAGGAUUAGGGAGAGGAUCUGGGCUGGCGUGGACGAGUCGGAAGAGGCGGAGGCGGGGCCUGAGCAUCCGGGGCAUAAAACCAAGGGCAGGGAGCCGGUGGGCUUGGAGGAUGAUGUGGGUAUGGAGGAUGCUCAGAGUGACGAGGAUCAGGGAGGAGGGGGGUUUUUUGUGCCUGAUGAGGAGGAUGAUGAGAACUGGCCGCCACACAUUCCAUAUCUCACGGCGCCGCGAUACUCUACACAUCUCUCGCCGGCACACCUCGCCGGCAUCCGUACCCGGCCGUCGGAUCCCCCCGACCCAAUCCCGGAGAUUCCUCUAAACUACAAACCGGGCCCAUGCCCGGCGGUCCGCAUCACACCGAUUACAGAUCCUAGCCACCCCGCCCACGGCCAAGCCGGCCUCUUCGCGACCCACGAUCUGCGCCCCGGCGAGCUGAUCCUGCCGUACCUGGGCGAGGUGCACAUCGGCACGCCGCCCUUUGGCUACCACAAUAACCCUAUCGUACACAGUGAUGGUAGUGGUGGCAGUAUUGAUAGCGACGAGUAUUACGACUAUGCCAAAUCCGACUACGACCUCUGGCUGGACCGGGACGCCGACGUGGCCGUUGACGCGGCGCGCAUGGGCAACGAGGCGCGCUUUGUCAACGACUACCGCGGUGUCCCGGGUCCAAGUGUGAAGAAGAAGAGGCCGAAUGCUGAGUUUAGAGUUGUGUGGGAUGCUCGGAGGGGGGAGAAGUGUAUGGCUGUUUUUGUAAUGCCUGCUGGAAAGCGGGCGGUGGGUAGGGCGAGGGAGGUGGGGAUUCAGAAAGGGGAGGAGGUGUUGGUAAGUUAUGGGAGAGGGUUUUGGCAGGGGAGGAGGAGGGAGGGGGAUGGGGAGAACGAAGAUGGGGAGGAAGGGGGUGGUGUGGAAGGGGGGAGUGAAGUUUGAUGGGGGGAUGGAAUGGGCAUUCAACGCUGAAAGUGACAUUUAAGUUGCUGACAGGCGUGUAGCGACUGUGGCGAUGCCUUGAGUAUCUACCGAUAUAGGUAUCCAACAUG